AUGCAGAUUCUACUAGAUUGGGGCGCCGAUGUCAAUCUCAAUGAUGAGGAGUGUGGCACUGCACUACAUGUCGCAUCAUCUGAAGGACAUGAGAAGAUUGUGCAUCUUCUGCUAGACCGAGGCGCGGACAUCAAUUCUCACAGUGAAGGGCUCCACAGUGCACUUCAAGCUGCAUCAGCCGAGGAGCAUGAAAAGGUUGUGCAGAUCCUACUAGCUCGAGGUGCCGAUAUCAACGUACGGGGUGGAGACCUCGGCAGUGCGUUUGAAGAGGCAUCAUCCAACGGACAUGAGGCCAUAAUGCGGCUGCUGCUGGCCAGGGACGCUGAACAGAGUGAUACGUAUAGUUGA